AUGGACACAGCAACAGUCUACUUAAAUUUAAAGGCACCCAGGAUUCGGGGGGCUCAGCGUGCAUCACCUCCAUCUCUUCCCCCAGAUGCCUGCCAGUACUCAUGUUCACACAGGCUGGCUCUGAAACUCAGCUGUGCUGGCCUGAUCCUUCUUCUCUUGACCCUGAUUGGGAUGAGCAUCUUAGUUCGAGUCCUAAUACAAAAACCAUCAAUAGAAAUAUGCAGUGUAUAUAUUCAAGAGAACAUACGUAACACAACAGACAGCUCAGCUAAGUUAAAGUGCCAAAAAGACUGGGUUCCAUACAGACAUAAAUGCACACAUUUUUCUGAAGUUACCAACACUUGGAAGGAAGGUCUGGAUGACUGUAAUCAGAAAGGAGCCACUUUGCUGCUUGUUCAAGACCAAGAAGAGCUGAGAUUCCUACAGGACUGGACAAAGAAAAGAGACUUUCCGUUUUGGAUUGGACUAAGUUAUGAAUUGCUGGCCAAGUCCUGGAAGUGGAUAAACGGUUCUUCCUUAAAUUCUGAUGUGUUAAAAGUCACUGGUGAAGCUAAAGAAGGCAGCUGUGUCAGCAUCUCAGACGACAAAGUGGUUUCUGAGAGCUGUGUUUCAGACUACCGCUGGAUCUGCCAAAAGGAACCAAAAUGUGCUACCAUGUGCAAUGACUCCUGACUGUGAAUCUCAUCUCAAUUACUCUUCCAUCCACAGCAGAUCUCUGUGCUCAGUCUUUCUCUGCUGUCUGCUCUCCCAGUGCACAUAGUGGCACAAAGCAUGGACUCUAACAGCAGCGUGAUGCUUACGUGUUCAUUAUUCUGUUAAUGUAAAUGUACAGAGACACAGAUGUGCCAUUCUAAGAGAGGUGUUCUGUGGAGAGAAGCCCAGGCAGCUGAGGGGCACCAGAUUCAAAUCCUGAAGACAGUGACCCUCACUGUUUGUGUCUGAGCUCAUCUGCAAAGCGGCCACAGAAAACCAUUUGCAAAAUCAUUAUUAAAAUGCUGGCAAUGCAGAAACUGGUGGCUCUGGGAAGGCUGAUCCAGGAGAGUCAUGAGUUCAAGGUGUGGUGGAUUAAAUGAUAAAUGUCCUCCAUAGCCUUGGGCAUUUUACCACUUGGUCCCCAGUUGCUGGCAUGGUCUGAGACGGUUCAGGGAGUGCAGCCUUGCUGGAGGAAUGUCACUGGAGGUGGCCUUUGAGAGCAAAAGCCCAGCUACUUGUAGUUUGCUCUACUUCAUGCUUCUUGUUCAGAUGUGAGCUCUCAGCUUUC